AUGACCGACAGAGUGACAAAGCCGCGUCAACGGAGGAAGAAAGAAACAACACUUAAACAGGAAAACAAAAUCGCACCAGCUAAACUUCAAGCCCUACCCGACAUCUCGGCUCAAAAGGACCAAGAUUGCGCAACAGAUCGGAAGGACAGCCUAAUGUCAACGCCAAGGUCGUCUGACCCAAAUGACGUCGGUUCACCAGGCAAAGAUGUAAUCCUCAGAAUCAGAUCCCAGUACAGAUUACCCAUGUCAUAUCAGCCUUCCAUGGCAGAUGCCUACGACAAUGUCUUCAUCGCCCAUUUUGUAGCUCUCAACUCGGGUAUCCGGUCAUACCAGGCCCAGACGCCUUGGAUCGCACUGUUACCCGGCCUGCAACAGAAAGCACAAACACCAGCACUCAAGCUGUCCAUUCGAGCGGCAGCGAUGGCGUUCUAUGCAAGAGUACACGGGGAUGCACCAGUCCUGGUGGACUCCUAUCGAUGGUACACAAGAAGCCUUGAAAAUCAACGAAAGGCACUCUCCAGAUUGAGCCGCAAUGCAGUCCCAUCCGACGAAGAGUGCCUCGCACCCAUCAUCUUAGGCUUGUACGAGGUCUAUGCCGGUACAACUCCAAGCACCGUGUUCCAGCAUCUUAACGCAGCUGCUUCAAUAUUGGCCAUGAAGGGCCCUAGGAACUGCAGUUCGGAGGAGGCGUUCCCACUCUUCUUGAUAAUACGGGUAUCGGAGGCACAUAAGGCCGUGGUAUUCAACAAGCCUUCGGUCUUUGCGACACCCGAGUGGAUGACUCUACCCUUCCUACUCACUCCUAAAAACGCGCAUAUGCAUCUCGUAGAUAUAAUUCUCUCGAUCCCUGAAUGUAUCCGCCUCACUGGGACCGACGCCACUCUAAGUGGCUUCUUCUCGAACCCCCUUCCACCGAUUGAUGACUUAACCCCUGUUCGCGAGCGGACCAAGGAGCUACUUGAUCAACUCAACAAGUGGGCUGAACGGCACCCUCACCUUUGCACAAUCUUUCCUGCUUCGCAAGUCAUCACAACCGAGGAUAUGACCACCCCAAUUGACCUAUCCGCACCAAAACCUCAGGCUGCGGCACUAAAGCUACCGGACACUUUCGUGGCAAGCGCAACCGCCGCCUUCAAAGCCGCUCACCUCGUACUCACACUUCUCCUGGCCAAGGUCUCCCCUGCAGGACCUGCAGCAGAUUCAGAAAUCGCUGUUUCAGAUCUCACCGCACGUGCUGUUGCAGACGCAAAAGAUAUCCUGGAAGUCAGCACUUAUGUAGAAUCAACGCACCCGGUGGGCUUCAACUUUCUGCGCUGCGUCUUCCCUCUGGUUAUCGCGGCGAUACUGUCACCACUUGCAGAAGAUCGGAAAGCCGCGCGGUCCAUGUUGGAUAGGUGGGGUGCCGAACGAGGUCUGGGUGGACUAUGCGGGUCCUGGGUUGGAGUGUGA